CCGCAGACCCAUAAGCAUGGCCAUAUCCAACGAUAUGUCUCUGUUAUAUAAGGCCAGUGCGGAUUCACCCCCGUCUUCAAUACCUGCCCAUGAAGCGACGGGCUUGAGGUGCACCACAGAGUCGCUGUCCGGACCCGCAUUUUAUCAGAUAGGGUCCACGAUGCGCACUCGACCACUGGUUUCUGUGCAGUACCUGAAGGCACAUCUGUGCUUACUUGGUGCAUUCAAGUCUCUAAGAACCUCCGUCGAGAAUGCUGGAGAUGACCAACUUCUUAUAUUGGCGCUGGGACUGGAUAAGUCACAACGGUGGUCAUGGUUUGUUGGCCUUGCGGUAGACCGCUUCCAUCGCUGGGUAGAAAGUGUCGAAUACGGACCCUUGAGAUCAUGGGUCGACACAGAACUCCCGCCCCUGGACGUCUUGAUGAUAUGGCACGCGUACAUGCUCAAUCCUCGAUGGUAUGCAGAAGACUGCGAGCGUUUGUCGCUAUUGAACAAUCUGAGGAGACUCGGGGAUAGGUUAAUUCCUGCGGUGAUCGAGAUAGGUGAUCCGUCAACAUAUCAACCAGGCGCGGAUCGUGUUAGGGUCUGGCUGGCCAAAAUCGGCACGCCGUGGGACGCUCUGGAGGCCGCUCGACACAUGUCCCAUCGUCAGAUUAGUUGCCCUCGAUGUUCGGUGUCGGUGAACACACCAUAUCUCACGUCCGAAGGAACUGGAUAUGCUCAACAUAAUUUCGGGGUGAACUGUUCGGAGUGCGGGUUGUUUAUCACGAAGGAGGGCCUGGGUCUGGCGAAGUUUGCGGGAGACCUGGUUUCCGAUUAUGAAGUGCCGCAUUCCGGAUAUGGUGCAUAUCUCGCUGGAACACUCCACACGGAAUCCAAGAUCACUGACGAAGAUCAUGCUCGACGAAUUAAGGAUGCUAUCAUCAGAACCAGAGAGUUUGAGUCAGGAGUCAAGCAAGUCGAACGCGAACAAUGGAAGCGCGAGAUACUAGAGAGGUUCAAGUACUCUACACAAGACGUCCCUUCCGCGGCAUGCCAGCAGAUGCUGGACGUUGGGGGGAUGCGUACGGUCAAACGAAUCAUGGCCGCAUACACUGACGACAGGCCAUUCUCCGUGGAGCUCGUCGGCGCUGUUAUCCGACAAUGUUCGUUCAUAGACAAGAUGCACAACUUCGGCUGGACGGCUCCUAGCUUCCUUAACAAUCAACAGGAUGAGGUUGUCUUGGUUAAUGCUGUCGCUAGAUACCAUGCUUUCCUAGAUCUAAUGGCAAUAUCU